AAUCGAUAAGGUUUUUAGAUGUCUGAUCAGCAACAGAGCAAAAAAUGGAACACAUAACAGCAAGCGAAGUUGCAGGCUUUGGAGUUGGCACUUUGUUACUGUGUGCCACGAUUGCUGCCCCCAAAGUCGAUGCUUUCAUCUCUGCUUCACAAAGAAUUUCAUUGGGCUUGUGCAAGAGAUGUGGUGAUCUACAGGUGAUAGCAUGCUCGAGAUGCAGGGGAACUGGAUUAAUCAAAGCAAAUGGACCAUUAAGUUUUAACCUCGUUGAUAAUUUGUAUCAGUCCGAGGAAUUUAAGGUAAAAUCUGUUGGAUGUACAAAAUGUCAAGCUAGAGGUCACUUCAGCUGUCCCGAUUGCUCUAAUACAACUGCUGGAUGAUUCUCGAUCGUGCCAUGGAAUUCGUUUUUACUCGUGCUCGUGUUUAAUAUAUGAUCAUUAGCUGUCUUUCUAAAGCCAUUGUAUGUACACCGGGUUCUGUAAAUCCACUUAUGGAAGGUGAUUUGUGACAAUGACACCUAUUUAUACUGGUUUUAUUCAUCAAUCCUAAUGUUAUGAUGAUGAUGUCUGAUGAAUCCGAUCGCUUUUAUUCGGGUAUGUCAUAGACACCGGCGUUUGGACAUGAAUGAUUUAGGGAAAAUGAUUGAA